GGCAGCACCUAUUGGAGGCCUGUAACCUGCCAGCAACCUAUGACAAAAUGGAAAACCGCAGGAGUGUGAGGAGACCUCAAAGUGGCACAUGGCAGAGUGGGAGCAAUGGGAGGCGGUACAGGGACCCAGGUCACACUGUGGGACCAGCAGCAGCGUGACCAGGCGGUACGGGGGCCAUGGCCGAUUUGGGGCCUGGCGGCACCUAUGGAAGGCCUGUAAUCUGCCAGCAACCUAUGACAAAAUGGAAAACCGCAGGAGUGUGAGGAGACCUCAAAGUGGCACAUGGCAGAGUGUGGAAGCAAUGGGAGGCCGUACAGGGACCCAGGUCACACUGUGGGAUCAG